GACAGUGAUGUCAGUGAUGUCAGUGAUUUAUUUCGUCUUUGUGGUGAUCACUUUUCAGUACCUUUAAUGAUUGUUUUCGCAAUAUUUAUUGUUUUGUAUAAUCUGAACUAUUGAGCUCUAGCAGUUCGCAUACACUAUACAAAAUUGUAAGGCCAAACGGGUUCUGUAGCUCGGUGUUACUUUAUCGAUGUUGAUCACUUAUCAACAACAAAUACGCCAUAGCUUCAAAACAUUCCUGUUAAUAUGGCUCUAACAAACGUACUGCUUCUUAGCCAGAUAGCAGGCUACGUGAUAGGCCUUAUUCUUUCACUAUGCAUUAUUGUGCCCAUGGGCAUGCAUCAGGAUGAAUUCAAAGGGCACUGCCUGCUUUUCUCCAAGGGUGCGUGGCAGGAGGAAGAUGGACAGCUGCUGGUGUCCUGGGCAUCCAGUACAUACUGCAACUAUGUUAUUGCUGUAGGCGUUCUCAUGUUUUUGGUCUGCCUCAUACAGAUAUAUAGGCUCUCAAUGUUUAUGUACCGGGGCAUAGACAGCUCGUUCCUCUCAGCCUUUAUUGAAGCUGUCGGCUGUGCUGGGCUGUGUGCACUCGCCGUUUCGGCAGCCUGUAUGGUGACGUUGGGCUUCAUGACCUGGUGUCAGAAUAUCGUGGAGCGCUUCCCGAGUUGUGAAGAUGCAACAGGCCAGGAUAUUGACAAGAAAGAUGGUAUAUCCACACACGGAUUCUACAUUGAGCUUGGCACUGCACAGUUCGGCGCGUGGGGCGCGUUCGCCACGUGGGUGGGGCUGGCGGUGUUCGCGGUGCUGAAGGUGUGCCGCUACCACCAGCUGCAGAACAUCCAGGUGUCCAUGUACCGCGAGCGGCAGCGCCUGGUGCGCGAGGGCGGCUCCACGCCGCCGCUGCUGUCGCACCAGAACUGAGCCCGCCGGCCCGGCGCCGCUCGGCCCACUACUGGACAACGAUCUCCUUCUGUACUAGCUAGCAUGGGCAGCAGACAGUUAUCUCCCCGGGGAGAGGAUAAAAGUGUUUCUUCUCCCACAGCUUUAUUUAUCAACUCUUAGAGUACUGUUGCUCAAGGGGAAAUAAUAUUUAAAUUUUUAACUGGACAAGCUUCAGUCACUUUGUUUUUGGUCUUCAUUUGAUUGGUACUAUCUUGGCAUUAUGAAGCUGUCUGUGAUUAGAGUGUCCAAAGCACUGACGUUCAUAUUUCUAAAAACACUUCAAUAUUAUUUGAAGAUUACUCCGUAUGUCAAAUGUGUGCGUUUUUAUAGUAAUAAUUGAUAGACCAAGCAGAUGGACCACGUGAUGGUAAAUGGAAAACUAUCGCUGUUAAAGAGCGACACUUCACAGGGCAUGCAAGGAGCACGUCCUGCAACAUACCGCAUUGCGUCCAUCAGUUUGAGGCAUAGGUGGCAACCACGCCCUUCAGACACACAUUGCAGUAGUAGCAUAAAUACCGGACGAGCUCUGUCACAAAAAGCCUUACUAUUAAUAUCUAUAAUUUGUUCAAGGACAGCCAUCUAGUGGUAUAAACGAAGAUCAAGGGCUGGUGUUAAGCUUAGUGGCUGGUAUCUAUUGAUGUUUCUUUGAUAUAAAAUAGUUAAGCUCUGUUGAAACUUGGUCAAUACCGCGGGAGAGGCGGGGCGCAAGUAGCUCGCGCUAAUUAUUUCAACUAAAGGAGAGGCCAAACUGUGGUCAAACCUGCCGCCAUAGAUGCCUUUGCGUUUCAGCGUGCGACCAAUCACAAAGCGCGCGUUCGAGUUGAAGUCUUGUGAUUGGUCACUUGUAGGGCGAGAACAAACUUCAACGCCGCUAGGAACGUCGGUUGGACGUGGUUGUGUGUGGUAUAGACGUGUGUAAACCUUUAACGUUUUCUAAGGCCCAGCGCUCACCGGUGACGUCAGGAGAGCACGUUUUAUCUUAACCCAUCGUAAAUUCAUGCAUAACCAGUGGUAACAAGCUAAAGAUUAUUUAUGAGAUGAAGCAUAUCUUCACACAGCAAUCAGUUAAGAUGUCUUGUUAUUACCAGUUACGUAUGAAUUAACGUUGGUUAAACAUAAAAUUUGACAUAUAGAUAUGUCAUUUAGGAGUUAAUAGUAAGUUUUAGUAAUUGUAAUUUAUUCUAAUGUAAACAAAACGGCAUCUUACAUUUCAUAUUUCUUCAUCUAGUCUCAUGAAUCAAAAUUGUAUUUACUUUAAACUAAGCUACAACUUUAGUAAGCAUGAUAACAGACUUCAAAACGUAUCGUACCAUUUAUUUGAAUGCUAAAAAACUCUUUAAACUCUAUGAGUAAAUUGUAUAUAGAAUAUAAUGAAUCAUUUGAAUUGUCUGAAAAAGAAUAUAGGUUUAGUCCAAGAGUAAAAUGGUACCGAAUCUUAAAUUUUACCUUAUUUUAUUUUACUAUUUAUAUGAAUUGACUUUGAGUUGUAUAUAAGCGAAAUUAAAUUAUUAU